UUUUUUUCUCUUCUUUUAAUCCUUGCGAUCACCUCUUUAUACCUCCUCCUGAUCCCGCCUUCACCUCCUUCUUCGCUUGUAGAUACUACCUCCUCUUCCUCCUCGUAUUUCCACCGAAGCAUCCUGUACAUAUAGUCUCGCUUUCCUCAAUCCUUCUUUAUCCACUCAUUGCCAACAAUGACUGGACACGAUAUCUUACCCCCAAAUACCACUUUCCGUGAUCUUGGUGAUGGUACCCGCCAUUUGCGCAGAGACGGCGAAUCAGUUUUCGUUUGGCAACUCCGUCGCCUCACCAACACACGUACGUUUGCCUCACUUGACCAAGAAUCUGAGCAAUCAACUAUGAAGCGUGUCUUGACUGCCAAAGAUUUGGCAGCAAUGGGUGUCGGUGCCAUUAUUGGUACUGGUAUCUUCGUCCUCACCGGUGUGGUCGCUCACGAGAAGGCUGGACCUGCUGUGUGCAUCUCAUUCAUCAUCGCUGCUAUCGUCGCUGGUCUUGCUGCUCUGUCAUAUGCUGAAAUGGCCUGUCUUGUGCCCAUUGCCGGAAGUGCUUACACUUAUACCUAUGCAACCUGUGGAGAAUUAAUGGCUUGGAUUAUUGGUUGGGAUCUUAUUCUUGAAUACUUGGUCGGCGCUGCUACUGUCUCUGUCGGAUUUGCUGGUUAUCUUGAUGCAUUCUUCAAAGAUGCUUUUGGGUGGCAUGCCAAGAAAGAAUUGAUGAACGCGCCAUUUUCUUACAAGCACGACGUGUUCGCAACCACCGGCAACUGGUUCUCACUCCCUUCAUUUAUUAUUGUUGUCUUGUUGACCCUCUUGCUCUGCAGAGGUGUAAAGUCAUCCGCCCGUGUCAACAAUGUUUUGGUCAUUGUCAAGCUCGUUGUUAUUUUGGUCUUCAUCUUUGGUGCCUGCCGUUUCGUUAAUGGUGACAACUACAAACCUUUCAUCCCAACUAACACUGGAAGGUUUGGAGAGUUUGGUGGUUCUGGUGUCCUCAGAGGUGCUACAGUUGUAUUCUUCGCAUUCAUUGGAUUCGACGCUAUCAGCACUGCUGCCCAGGAGGCUCGUAACCCUCAGCGUGAUCUUCCCAUCGGUAUUGGUUUAUCGUUGAUUUUAUGUACCGUGCUCUACAUCGCCACCAGCGUUGUUAUGUUGGGUGUUGUCAACUAUCAGGAUAUUGUGAACGAAAACAAGAAGAGUGAUGCUCCCUUCCAGAUCGUUGCUAAUGCCACCAAUCAAAAGUGGUUGUCCAUCUUCUGUGAAGUCGGUAUCUUGGCUGGUUUGAUUUCUGUUAUGAUGGUCCUCUUGAUUGGACAGCCCCGUAUCUUCUUCUCCAUGGCUGUAGACGGCCUCUUCCCCCAGGUUGCCUCGAAGCUUCACCCAAAGUACAAGACUCCUGUCAUCACCACUGCCAUUGCUGGAACUAUCUGCGCUACUGCUGGCGGUAUGUUCCCUAUCGACUUGCUUGCUGAUUUGACCUCAGUCGGAACUCUCUUUGCCUUCUUCCUCGUCCAUUGCUCAGUUUUGAUCUUGAGAUGGAAGGAACCCAACCGUCACCGCCGCUUCAAGGUCCCAUUGGGUCCAGUCCUCCCAGUCCUGGGUGCUCUCAGCUGUGUCGGUCUCAUCGCUGUUGACUCUGUCUCGGCCAUUAUCCGUCUUGUUAUCUGGUUGGCCAUUGGUUUGAUCUUCUAUGCCGCCUACGGUGCCAGAUAUUCUAGAUUGAAUAACCCUGAGAGAUAUGCCGCCACCGAGUCCAUGGUUGUCGUUGAUGACACCCACCAUACCAACAAUGACAAGAGCGAGGUUCCAAUGCACCAUAACAACGAGAUCAAGGUUUAA